CUUUUUUCUCGUGAAGAUAACCUGUCAACAACGAAUUCCUUCGGAGGGGUGCUUCAAUGUUUUGAUCCAAAACUUGAAUAUUUUAAUCACUGUAACUUACAUUUCCUUAAAAUGGUGAAAUUAGAUGUAAGUCGUUUUCGGUACCUUUCAAAGGAACAUUUUAGAGCUCUUGAAGCAAUUGAAACAGGCAUGAGAAACCAUGAAUUUGUUCCAGGACCUUUAAUAGCAUCUAUUGCUAGUUUGAGACAUGGUGGAUGUCAUAAGAUACUAAAAGACUUGACAAGUUAUGGAUAUGCUUCCUAUGAAAGAGGAAAAAGAUUUGAGGGAUAUAGACUUACAUAUGGUGGCUAUGAUUAUUUAGCUCUGAAAGCUUUGACUUCGAGAAAUAUUAUGGCAUCUGUUGGAAAUCAGGUGGGAACUGGAAAAGAAUCAGAUGUCUAUCUGGUGGCUGAUGAAGAUAACGAGGAAAUGAUAUUGAAACUUCAUAGAUUAGGAAGAGUAUCAUUCAGGAAGAUUAAAGAAAAGAGAGAUUAUCAUAAACAUAGAAACAGUACAUCAUGGUUGUAUUUAUCAAGACUAGCUGCUGUGAAAGAAUUUGCCUUCAUGAAGGCUUUAUAUGACUGUGAAUUUCCAGUUCCAAAACCUGUUGACUUCAAUAGACAUGCUGUUGUUAUGGAGGUUGUGAAAGGAUAUCCACUAUACCAGAUUCAUGAAGUUGAAGAUGUGCCUGCAUUAUAUGAUGAAUUAAUGAAUAUCAUUGUUAGACUUGCAAAUUAUGGGCUAAUUCAUUGUGAUUUCAACGAGUUUAAUAUUAUACUUGAUGAGGAUGAUCAACCAACCCUAAUAGAUUUUCCACAGAUGGUAUCAACUUCUCAUCCAAAUGCUGAAGGAAGAGAAGGUAUGUUGGAUGUCAUGACUUAUGCCAGUGGUUUCUCAAAAGAUGUUCAAAAAGAUUUAGAAGAUGCUGUAGACUUAAUUACAAAAGAUACGAAUUCUGACAAUGAAGAUACUAAUUCUGUACAAGACUGUGAUGUGGAAGGCUUAAAAUCAGAAAGUGGAACAAAUGGUCUAUUGGAAAGAUACUUGGUUAAUUCUGUAGAAAUACUGAAUUUUCAAUCAGAUGACUCUCAAAAUAUCCCAGAAAUUCAUUCUGAUGAAUGUCCAGAGUGUACAAAUUUUACUGUUGAAUUAACAGGUGCUAUGCAGAAUUCUGAUGAAGAAACCUCUUCUGUAAAAGAAUUAACUCUUAAGAAAACUGAAAUUCGUUCUGCAAUACUUGAAGAAAUGAAAAAGCGAUUACAGAGAGAACGUCAAAAAGAGAAGAAAAAACAGAAAUUUAAGGAACAACAAAAGAAAAUGAUAGCUAAAGGUGAAGCUAGUGCUGUAACACGUAAGCGAAGAGAAAAUAAGGAUAUUAUUCAACAAAGUGCAAUGUAUGACUUUUAAAUUAUUUUGCAUAAAAUGUAUGUAAACUUAGUAUAUGUAAACUUAGUAUAAACGACAUUUGGCAUCAAA